AUGGCAGAGCGUGUGGCUCUCACACUCAACAACAACCUCCUCCUCCUUUCUCCUCCGAACAACACCAUGUCCUCUCUUCGCACCGCCGCUUCUUCUCGUCUCCUCUCCUCCUCCUCCAGAUCCAGGCUCUCUCUUUCCGCUUCGUCUUCACCUUCCUCUCUCUCAUUCACCAGAUCCCUCGUCUCCUCUCCGCUUCUCUCUCAGAAGAGAAAUCCAGUAGCAUCAGUGAAUCGGAGCUUUAACUCCGCCGCCGCAACGACUAAAUGCACAUCAGCUUCUGAUCCUGAGCAAUUGAAGAGCGCUAGAGAAGACAUCAAAGAGCUCCUCAAAACCAAAUUCUGCCACCCAAUUCUGGUUCGUUUGGGGUGGCAUGAUGCUGGUACGUACGACAAGAACAUCAAGGAGUGGCCACAGAGAGGUGGAGCUAAUGGAAGUCUGAGAUACGAGAUCGAGCUUAAGCAUGCUGCUAAUGCAGGUCUGGUGAAUGCUUUAAACCUGAUUACGCACAUCAAAGAAACCUACUCUGGGAUCUCUUACGCUGACUUGUUCCAACUGGCCAGUGCUACAGCUGUCGAGGAAGCUGGAGGACCCAAGAUACCUAUGAAAUAUGGAAGAGUUGAUACCACCGGUCCUCAUGAAUGUCCUGAAGAAGGAAGGCUCCCUGACGCUGGUCCUCCUUCACCGGCUAAUCAUCUCAGAGAAGUGUUUUACAGGAUGGGACUAGAUGAUAAGGAGAUAGUUGCAUUAUCUGGUGCUCACACGUUAGGAAGAUCAAGACCAGAACGUAGUGGUUGGGGGAAACCAGAGACUAAAUACACGAAAGAGGGACCGGGAGCACCAGGAGGACAGUCAUGGACACCAGAGUGGUUGAAAUUUGACAAUUCUUACUUCACAGAAAUCAAGGAAAAGAGAGAUGAACAUCUCCUUGUUCUACCCACUGAUGCUGCAAUCUUUGAAGAUCCGUCUUUCAAGGUGUAUGCCGAGAAGUAUGCUGCAGAUCAGGAUGCUUUCUUCAAGGAUUACGCUGAAGCUCAUGCAAAGCUCAGCAAUCUUGGAGCUAAAUUUAACCCUCCUGAGGGUAUCACUAUCUAA